UUUACGGUACGGUAAUAAAAAUGUUGGCCGCUCGAAGAUUAUUACGAGAGCCGCGGAUUUCCGGCACUUUAAGUUGGUCCCGAUGGAGUAGCGAUGCCGCCAAGGCCACCACAGAAGCUUCUGUCCACGCGGACAACGCGGAGAAGCGUCAGCAGCUCCUUAACGAAUUGGCAGAGCCCGUCGACCAGAGAAGCCGCCCUGCUAUUGAUCCCAAGGAAACAAGUGUUAUGCUCUUUCCCGGUCAAGGAACCCAGUAUGUGGGCAUGGGCAAGGACCUCCUCCGUUUUCCUGGAGCCCGCCGCAUUUUCGAGCUCGCCAAUGAAGUGCUUAAGUACGAUCUUCUCAAGAUCUGCCUAGAGGGACCACGUGAGAAAAUAAAUCGUACGGAGCACGCUCAGCUGGCUGUAAUGGUGUCUUCGCUGGCGGCACUGGAACAAUUGCGCGAGGAACGGCCCAAGGCCAUUGAAACGUGUGUGGCCGCCGCCGGCUUCAGUCUGGGCGAAAUUACCGCUUUGGUGUAUGCGGAUGCCCUGCCAUUCGACAAAGCCUUGAGAUUAGUUCAGGUGCGGGCAACUGCCAUGCAGGCAGCUUGUGACCAGGCAGUUGGAGCCAUGGCAAUGACCCUUUACGGACCAGAUACCAAUCUGGGAGAGGCUUGUGCCCGGGCACAACAAUGGUGUCUGGACAAGGGUGUGGAAUCGCCGUACUGUGGCAUCGCUAAUUAUAUGUAUCCGCACUGUAAGGUGGUAGCUGGCAACGUCGAGGCCCUCGAGUUCCUGGAACAAAAUGCUAAAGCCCUCAAGAUCCGGAGGAUGAAGAGAAUAGCCGUGAGCGGCGCCUUCCACACUCCGCUAAUGCAGAGCGCCGUGGAGCCCUUUACCAAAGCCCUAAAGUCGGUUCGCCUGCAAGAUCCCGUCAUAAGAGUUUACUCCAAUGUAGAUGGCAAACCCUAUCGCCAUGCCAAACACAUUCUCACACAGCUGCCCAAGCAAAUCGUGCGCCCCGUCAAGUGGGAACAGACUCUGCACGAGAUGUACGAACGCAAGCAGGGCGUCGACUUUCCGCGCACCUUCGAAUGUGGUCCUGGCAAGGGACUUGUCCAGGUCCUAGAGAAAGUUAACGCCAAGGCUGCCCAAUCCAGUGUAAAUGUUAUAGCUUAAUUUUGUAAAUAUACUCAGUUGGCUUUUAUAAAAAUGUAUAUUUUCUCGACUAAAGAAAACAAAAAAGUGGGAGUUAGUGGC